GGUAAAUUGGUGGUUUGCCCCUUCUGAGAGACAAUUUCCUCUCUCAGAGCCCUGGUCCUUCCCUGCCCUCCACAGGGAGAUAAUGACGUCUAUGGAAGUCAUUAGAAGUGGAGGCUCCUGGUUCAUGGCAUUGUCCUGCCCAACAUGUGCCCAGCUCUCCAUGCAUUUGGGCACCUGGCCUUGCUCAUGCAUAACAGAGCUCCUGUUUAACUUUCAUUUCUCCGGAAAGGACAGUUCAUUCAGUCUCGGGUAAGAUACCCGGUCCCUCCUAUACCCACCAAUAACCCAGUCUCCAUUUCCAGCUUACAGAGGCAGCUGGAAGAAACCAGAGGAUGACAAGGUACUGGCUUCACUUCUGCACAGCAUAAAAGAGAGGCUUGUCAAUUCCAUCAGCAUUUGCCAGCAUUUAGUACAAGAUGCCUCAGGUGAAGCCUUCAAACCAGAUCCUACCAAAGCCCACCUGCCACCUAGGCAGCCCACAGGGAAGUCUGUGGCCACCAUGUCAUCCCUAGAGACUUCCUCUGCUCCUUACAACCAACACCUGUUUCUCAAGGAUUCUAAGCCAUUCUCUCCUGUCCUGCUGAAUUCCUCACCAAUUGAGUCACAGACUUCUGUGACCUUGACAACGGGAAGACGGAAUUCACCACCACAACGAUGGGCACCUUCCUACCCAUCUCAACCUCUGGAUCCUAUGGCUUAUCCUCCACCCAUGCCAGAUCUUGGAAUGGCAGUGACCUCACAGAGCUCACAAACCCUGCCAGAUUUGCCUUCUCCCAUGCCAGGCACCCCAGGCAUUAACCUCUCAAGGAGGCCUACAUUGACCUCCCCAGGCCUUAAUUACUCAAGCAGGUCUACAUCAACCAGCCUAGGCUUUAACCAUUUAACCAGGCCCACCUCAACCACCCCAGGCCUUGAUAUCUUAAGAAGGCCUACCUCAACCACCUCAGGACUUGAUCCCUUCAGCAGGCCUACCUCAACCACCUCAGGCCUUAAACACUCAAGAAGGCCUACCUCAACCACCACAGGCCUUGAACACUCAAGUAGGCCUACCUCAGGCCCUUUGAGGUACCAGGUAACUUCCAGAACCUUGUGCAGCUCAACCUCCUCACCGGAUGAGUCCUUGCAAGAGGAUCUUUCUCUCACCAUCCACAAGGCCUCAUUCUGGACAGGCCCCACAGACAGCCAGAUAGAGCCUGGGGAGCCCUCUUUCGUCAGCCCUGUUAUACAGGAGAUGCCGGAAGUUCAAAUACACAAAAGAGUCCAACUAAAACUGUGCAAGGAAACAGGAAAAGGAAGAUCAGACCUUCCCUAUGGCUGUAUGGGCAGUAUGCUGCGUGUUUGCAGCAGCAAGGAAGCCAGCAUCACUUCACGCCUCUUCUCGAGCAAAGCCAACAAUUCAGAGCCUUUGUCGGGUCACCAGAAGGACAAAUAUAUCCAGCUUUACUGGGGUCUCCCCUGGCUCCACAGUGAGUCCCUAGUGGCUCCUGUCCUCAUGGCAGGGUCCCCACUAGAUCCCCCCUCCAUCUUGUUUAAUGGACUCUCUACUUACAGCCCAUUAGAUCUUAACACUAAAGGCCUUCCACAGCUCUGUUCUCCACAGCCGUUGUUUCAACACUGGGUCAAAUCUGAUUCUUUGAUUCCAAAGGUUUCCUGGUCCCGAACACCAUCAGAGACUAGAAUCCAAGCCAAGGCCCAUGACCCAUCCUCUCUCUCAAAGCUGUCGUGCAAUUCAGCUCCAAUUAGGAAAGAUGGGGCUUCUUGUCCUACACCUACAAGAACUGAAGUUACUGUCUCACCGAGUGUUCGACAGCUAGAGUGCCACGUUGUGAAGAAAUAUCGAGAAAGUAGGGGCUCGCAGGGCCAGGGGCCUGUUGUCCAUCUCCAGGGGGAUUACAUUAGCCCCAAGCUACGGGAGCAGCCUUCCUUCCUAGAUCUGGGCACACAGAAGGUGCUAGAAGCACAUAUUACAAGACACCUAGUGAGGCACAGAUGGCGCCUGCCCCUCAGAGGCCUCAAGGCCAUCCAUAUUCUAAAGAUGAAGAAGGACACUUUACCCUCUCCACAGUGCUCCAAUGAUUCUCUGUCUUGGGACUCUACAGACAACUCUAUGAUCCAACUGGCCAGUAACCUGAGAGAACCCAUCCAGCAAGCCCCAGAAAGAGACGUGAAAAUAAAAACUUUCUCUGUGGAAUCGCACUUCACACAGAACUGUCCUGCCCUCCAGACAGCACUCUUGAGAGAGGCUCCGCCUAGUAACGAAUCUGGGCCCUCUGAAGCCCCUACAACUACUCUGGGGUACAGUGAGAAUUUGUUGUCCACUCCCGACCACCUCGUGGGCAGAGCCUGGCACAAACAUACACUUGGUAGAUCUUGGGAAGAAUUCCCAGAGCCCAAUCCAGGCCGAAUCCAGGAGAGUGAGGGUGGGACUUUAAGACAUUCCGACAAUGAGGUUUCAGUUCGAGAAAUUAGUGGGGUUUCUCAGUCCUCAAGGAACUGGGGUACCAGGGAGCUGGAGGAGACAGAGGAGGAAGAGUCUUGUGAGUGGACAAUCCCCGUGGAAGCUGCGAAGAUGGCUGAUUUUCAAAUCAAUCAGUUUCUGGAGGCAAGGGGAAAUCUAUCUAAGACCCUUCCCCAGAAUGCAGACGACUCGGGCUUGAGAAGACCUCAGUGCUCAGCUGCUGCCGUCGUCCUGCAGGAUUGUGCCACUGGUGAGUUAUGCCAAGCCUGGGACCCAGAGGUUGUGAUUGCUGCAGAGAUCUUGGCUUCCAGGGCCGCCCGGUGCAACGUCAAGACUGAGCCCGCUACGAUCAAGCCAACCUUCUAUUACAGGUCCCCUUUCUUAGGAAGAGACAGCAAUGUCCUCAAGACUCACAAAUUAGAGGAGCCACAGCACACUGAUAAAUAUGGCACAAACAUCCAAAACAAGAAAUACAGGAGUCCUCCCAGGCAGAACAUACAACUUAAAGGGACAAAGCCAGACCAAGCUUACACACCAAAUAAUGUAACGUUUGGGGACAAAAUGAAGAGAGUUUUACUAACAGUUCUAAACCCAACACAUAAAGUAACAAACAACUCCAUAGGAAACUGCAAGGCUGUACCAUCGAUGAUCCCUAGCCAGGGAAACCAAAAAUACAUCAGCACAGUUGGCCAUGCAAAUCUCAAGAUUCAGAGUCAACCUUCUCCUGACGGAGGGAUGCCCUAUGGAAACAGGCAGGCCCUGGCAUCCAGAGACCCUGCCUACCUAGGCAGCUCCUAUCAGGACAGAGCCCUUGUUGCACAUGUCCCAGGGAUUGCAUUAAAGUAUAGUAAACAAGUCUAUCCCAAAUUAAACUUAAACUUUUAG